AUGGGGGAUAGGUUGGAUGGUGUGGGAGGGCGUAUGGGAAUUGGGAGGAACGGAGAGCGGGGCUGGGUGAUAGUUGGUGGCGAGGGGAGGGGGCUGAUUGUGCGAGUUGGGGGGGGGGUCGGGUGUGCGGUGCAGGUUGACCUGUUCUUCUACAGGGAGCCCGAUGAAGGCAAGGACCGUGAGGAAGAGGAGGGAGGAGCAGCUGAGUUCGCCGCAGUUGAAUACGCGGCGCCGACGCUUGCUUUGGGAGGGGAUGCCCAGUGGGGUCCCGAGGCCGCUGAGGCCGGGCAAUGGGAGACGGACGCAGCAGCUGGUGCGGUGCCCGCAGGGGCUCCAGCUGGUUGGGACGUGGGAGCCGCUGCUGCGCCAGUUGCUCCCGCAGGUUGGGAUCCCGCCGCGCCUGCUGAGGCUCCCGUCGCACCCGCUGGGUGGGAACCUGCCGCUUAA